AUGUCUCUACUACUACUACCCAAGGAGAUACGGCAACGGAUCUUGCUGGAGGUUGUGUCGGCUAUCCUAGCUAAGCGCGAUGCUCGCAAUGUGCUACCCUUCCCCGACAGUCUGCUUCCUCCGCUAUCUGAAGCUGAAGGUUCAGGGUUUCCGGGAUCCUUCGGCAAGGACCCCAUCAUUCCCUAUCUCGCUCACGUCAACGAUCGGAUAUCUAUCAAGGCGUGCACGUCCCUGGAGGGGAGUCUCAGUGGGCAGACACAAUACUGCUACCAAGACCACCCUCGACCGUCAGAUGAGCAGCAGUCAAGGUCCAUACUUGCCCUUCUUUGUAUUUGUCGGCAACUGAGGGAAGACCUUAUCGACUUUCAAGCAUUCUGGUCUCAGAUUGCCUUAUUGUACCCCUGCUUCCUGCCUGACUCUCUCAACUGGGCCGGCAAUGGUUCAGUGCACCCUUAUCGUCUGGAGACUGCGCACGGACUUUGCGCUUGCGCACUUCCAAUGAUCUUGCCCCGGGUCCAUCGUGCUAGCCAUCUAAGCCUGUCCCUACCGCUCAAACCCUGGUAUGGGACCCACCCCUCAGAACAAAUCUUCGAGCGACUGGCGGUCAUGGGAAGCCCCCGCAUACAACACAUCCAGCUGUGUUACGACUCUUAUGAACACGCGCUAGAGGUUGUCGGCGACCAGUCAAUGGAAAUUCGUUCGCUGCUCACAUUUUGCGGGGUAAACAACCCAAUCGUGGCCUGGGGCCCCAAUCUGACGAGUCUAAAGCUCGCCUCCACGACGGAGAAGGUGGAACUUCCCGUCGGUCUCGUGCUUGCUGUCGUUAGGCAGUGCUUGCUUCUGGAGGUGCUUUCCCUUCAGACGGUGCUGUCAAUAGAUGAGACAGAUCAAUUGGCGGAUGAGGAAGAGGAAGUCACUUCAACCACUCCACCCAUAGCACUCGUACACCUUCGAUUCUUUCUACUCUGCGAUAACGUGCAGAUGUGGACGGAGGUUUGGCAGAACUUGGCUGUCCCACCUUUCACAUCACUUCAUCCCGACAUCGUUAUUGGUCGCCUCGAUCAGCUCGAUCGCGACUACGAUGAUUACGCCGAGGAGGCCAUAUCAAAUGGCUUCGAUGGACACUGUGUGUCCUGUAGGGUGGUCGUUGUUGAUUAUCAUCAAACCGACUUGUCUCCCGGGUGGGACCGUGUUCCCGAGUACAUCCGCUUCGCAUUUUCUCCUACGAAAUACGGUGCAUUGAAGGAACGUGAUCCUUCCUCAAUUGCAGUGAGAUCCUCCCUCACGCUGCGAUUCCGCGGGAUUGCUCUGGAUAAGAGGUAUCCGUACUCUGAAGGAAUCGGGGACAUGCCACAGCCUACCAACUGGCUAGACAAACUCUUCAACGGUCUUAGUAAAGGAACUCGUGAAUCUGCUUCACUGGACCUGACGACGACGGAAACACUGGUGAUCAAAGCCGGAGGGCGGACACGAAAUUUUGAUGACUUUGCGUGCAUCUCUCAGACCUUCCCGAAUAUACACACCCUGGUCCUCCACGGAGUGAUGGACACGGAAUCCCGAACGGCCAUUGGCGUCAUAUCCGAGCUUUCCAAGCCCACCACACCGUGGUCUCGAUUGCAACGCGUUUGGUUUCCAGACUGGGACCCGAUUAGCGAAGUUGGGGAACAUUGGAAUUUGGAACUUCGGGAUCGCAGUUCCCGCAUAUCCCACCGGGAUAUACAUUGGCUGACUGUUAGAGAUGGUGUUUGGGAAUGA